AUGGACGAGGAGUUCGGCUACUCGGCCUGCCCGCAGGUGCGGUUCCUGGUGCGGGGGCGGGAGUUCGUGGCCCCCCUGGACACGGUGACCUACCUGCCGGACUCGUACCUGUCUUGGCUGGUGGCCAACCACGCGGAGAACGUCCAGGAUGGGACGCCCAUCACGGUCGACCGCCACCCCAAGGUCUUCAAGAGGCUGCUGGAAAGGAUGAGCCAGCUGAAAGAGAUGCAAAUACAGUUCCACAGGCCCGAGACACCAGACUCCACUGAAAGGAGGAUGUCGGAGGAGGUGUGCGCCCCCCGUUCUGCGAUGGACCCCAGGACUUUCCCGCGCAUUGACACGAGCGUGAGCUCCCUGUACAACGGGGGCCAGGACAGGGCACAGGACCAGGCGUGCGGGACAAUGCGUCCCGUGGCCGCCCCACAGACAAGGCUGGGCGGGUUCCAGGGCUCUGCCUACACCAGCGCGCCCCCCUCGCAGUCGGUGGCCCUGAUCAAUGGGGCCCACCGUGCUGAGAACACAUGGGAGGAGACGGCAACCAUGGUUGACGACGCCGUGCUGGAUGUGGUGGGCCUGUUGGACAGGUGCCUGCACGAAAAGCGUUUCUUCGACAAGGCGGUGUUCAUCCUCACGUGGGGCCGCGACGGGGGUCGCUCCAAGGUGCUCCAGCCCUAUGUGUGCCACCUGUUUGACAGUGUGACCGGCCGCAUGAUCGAUGUCCUGCGUGCCACCAACGGGAACACCGAGUCAGGCAGUUGGAGGGACUUCGAGAAGAUGUACGAAAGUGCGCAUCUGUCCCAGGAGAUCCAGCACUACAUCAAGGAGGGCCUGCGCAAGCUGGGGUUCAUGUGCUGCUUCACAGACCUGAAGAUCGACCCUGAAAACUUCCUGCACUGGCGGCUUGCAAAGAAUGGCCAUAGUGUGAAGACUCUGGACAGGGACGUGGCGCUCAGGUGCCUGGUGGUGUCCCUGUGA